GAGAGAGAGAGACUUUAGCCAUUCUCAUCCUCUGGAAUGCAUCAACUCCUCUAACUUAUCUAUGCAGGGAACAAUUGGAUGCGCAGGACUGAAGAACUUGCGAUGCGCAUCUAUUUAUAGCAGCUCAUCGCCACAGCUCUGAGCUUUCUUCUUCUCUGCGGUGUAGUUUUUCCACUUUAUUUUCUUUGACUCCACGUAUUGCUUAUUGCAAGUGAAAGUCAAAUCUGUCGGGUCUGGGGCGAAUCUCCUGUCCGGGAGACAAGCUUUGACUCCAGACUGCAGAGGCUGUCCGGGUUUUGGAACCGAGUUCGUAACGCGCCCUGGAGUUAAAGAGCGGACAUGCCGCACAGUGAGCGCGCAGGCCGUGUGGCGCAGCUGGCCGUGGCGCUGUUGGCCGCGCUGGCGCUUUACGCACACUUUGGAGACGCCGUGGAGACUGUGGCCACCGAGGACAGCGAGGUGGCCACCAAACCGUCAGACCCCAGAGCCAACAGGGCCAAGAGACGGGGAGGGACAGACGCCCUCAGGGGACCCAAUGUAUGUGGCUCGCGGAACAACGUAUACUGCUGCCCAGGUUGGAAGACUCUGACCGGAGGAAACCAGUGCAUUGUUCCGAUCUGUCGGAGUUCAUGUGGAGAUGGUUUCUGCUCCAGGCCCAACAUGUGCACGUGUCCAAAUGGCCAGAUCGCCCCAUCCUGUGGAUCUAAAUCAGUUCAGCACUGUAACAUCCGCUGUAUGAACGGGGGAACGUGUGCCGAGGACCACUGUCUGUGUCAAAAAGGCUACGUGGGAAACCACUGUGGUCAACCGGUGUGUGAAAACGGUUGUCUUAACGGAGGACGAUGUGUGGCUCCUAACCGGUGUGUGUGCACCUACGGCUUCACCGGGGCUCAGUGUGAGAGAGACUACCGUACGGGACCAUGCUUUGCCUCGGUGAAUAACCAAAUGUGCCAAGGCCAGCUCACAGGCAUUGUGUGCACCAAGACUUUGUGUUGUGCCACAGUGGGACGGGCUUGGGGUCACCCUUGUGAGAUGUGCCCAGCCCAGCCUCAGCCCUGCAGAAGAGGGUUCAUACCAAACCACCGAACAGGGGCAUGCCAAGAUGUGGAUGAGUGCCAGGCCAUCCCUGGCAUCUGUCAAGGAGGAAACUGUAUCAACACAGUGGGAUCUUUUGAAUGUAAAUGUCCGGCUGGGCACAAAUUCAGUGAAGUCACACAGAAAUGUGACGAUUUGGACGAGUGUGCUAACAUUCCAGGCCUCUGUGGAUUGGGCGAGUGCUCCAAUACUGUUGGCAGCUACUUCUGCAAAUGUCCCCAGGGAUAUUAUACCUCAGCGGACGGGUCCAGGUGUAUCGAUGCUCGUGGAGGGUACUGCUAUGCCAGCCUGGUGGGUGGGCGUUGUGCCAACCAAAACUCACAGCUGAUGACUAAAAUGCAAUGCUGCUGUGAUAGUGGAAGAUGCUGGUCUGAUGGAUCUGCACCUGAAAUGUGCCCCAUCCGUGGAUCAGAAGAGUACCAGAAGCUGUGCAUUCAGUUACCUGAUGUUGGAAUUGGAGGACCCCCCAUACCUGGUCAAGUCCCAGGUGGCCCGGGGAUCUAUCCUGGGCCAUUUCCUGGUCAAAUUCCUGGGCAAACACCUGACCAGGUUCCUGUGAUUCCUGGUCAUAUUCCCAUCCAAGUUCCAGGCUAUGUCCCUGGCCAGGUUCCAGGCCAAAUCCCAAUACAAAUUCCAGGACAAAUCCCUGUACAGCCUCCACUUCCUCAGGGUCCUAUUAUACUCCCCCAAAAUAUCACCAACAUGUGCCAAACCUACCGGCAUCUCUGCCUGAAUGGCAGGUGUAUCCCCAUGCCUGGCACUGGAUACCGCUGUGAGUGCAACAUGGGCUUCAGAUUGGACACAAGAGGAGAGUGCAUCGAUGAUGAUGAGUGUGAGAGGAACCCGUGUGCACAUGGAGAGUGUAUGAAUACACCUGGAUCCUACAUCUGCCAGUGUCCUGCCGGAUUCCAGUCGACUGCAACCAGGACCGAGUGCCGAGAUCUGGAUGAGUGUGUGGCCAAUGGUCGCAUCUGUAACAACGGCCGCUGCGUGAAUACUGAGGGCAGCUUCCACUGCGUCUGUAACGCUGGCUUCGAGAUCUCAGCAGAUGGAAAAAACUGUCAAGACCAGGAUGAGUGCCUGAUCAGGAACAUGUGUCUCAACGGACUCUGUAUCAAUGAAGAUGGCAGCUUCAAAUGCAUCUGUAAGCCUGGCUUCCUGCUUGACACCAGCGGACGCAUGUGCAUCGACAUCGACGAGUGUGAGACUCCGGGCAUGUGUAUGAACGGCCACUGCAUUAACACCGAGGGAUCGUUCCGCUGUGAGUGUAUGGCUGGAAUGGCCGUGGGUCUGGAUGGACGGGUCUGCGUUGACACACACAUGCGCAGUUCAUGUUAUGGUGGCUACAAGCGCGGACAGUGUGUGAGGCCUUUAUUCGGAGCUGUGACCAAGUCCGAGUGCUGCUGUGCCAGCACGGAUUAUGCCUACGGAGAGCCGUGCCAACCCUGCCCACCGAAAAACUCUGCUGAGUUCCUGGCUCUGUGCCCAAAUGACAUCGGCACAACCGGUGAUGGACGAGACAUUAAUGAAUGCGCCCUGGAUCCUGACAUUUGCCAGAAUGGAGUGUGUGAGAACAUGCUGAGGACAUACAAAUGCAGCUGCAAUGAAGGCUUUGAGGUAGACCUGACAGGAAAAAACUGCAUUGAUAUUGAUGAGUGUCUGAUGAACAGACAUCUGUGUGACAACGGUCUAUGCAGAAAUACGCCAGGCAGUUUCACCUGUCACUGUCCCACCGGAUACCGAUUUGAUACUGCGACAGAUGUGUGCGAGGAUGUGAAUGAAUGUGCGUCAAGCCCAUGUGUAAACGGAGAGUGUGUGAACAGCCCGGGAUCCUUUGUGUGUUUGUGUUCUACGGGAAGUUCGCUGGACAGCUCUGGGCUGGAGUGUAUAGAGACUACUAAGAGCACCUGCUGGUUAAAGAUGGUGAAUAAACGCUGUGAGAUCAACAUCAAUGGGGCUACACUUAAGUCCCACUGCUGUGCUACACUGGGAGAAGCCUGGAACAGUCCGUGUACUAAAUGUGAAAAAGAUCCAAUCUGUAGUAAGGGUUUUGCUCGAGUCAGAGGAAAUCUCUGUGAAGAUGUGGAUGAGUGUGAAGUGUUUCCAGGCGUGUGCAUCAAUGGGAAGUGUGUGAACACACAGGGCUCCUUUUUCUGCCAGUGCCCUCCUGGAAUGACUGUGGAUGUCAACGGCAGGACGUGUAUUGACCUGCGUACGGAGCACUGCUAUCUGUCCCAUGAUGACGAGCGCUGCGGGACUCCAGUCUCGGGGAAGCACCGUGUGGAUGCCUGUUGCUGCUCAGUGGGUGUGGCCUGGGGCCCCGAGUGUGACGAGUGUCCAGAGAAAGGCUCUCCAGAAUACACCCAGCUGUGUCCUCGAGGUCCUGGCUUUUCACACCGGGGUGAUUUCAUCAACGGAAGGCCCUUCCUUAAAGAUAUCAAUGAGUGCAGGAUGAUAAACACCUUGUGCUCCAAUGGGAAGUGUAGAAACACCAUCGGCAGCUUCCGCUGUCGCUGUGAUAACGGCUUUGCUCUGGACACAGAUGAGCGUAACUGUACUGAUAUCGACGAGUGCCGCAUCUCUCCAGAUCUGUGCGGACAGGGCAAGUGCAUUAAUACACCAGGAGACUUUGAAUGCGAGUGCUUCGAGGGUUAUGAGAGCGGGUUCAUGAUGAUGAAAAACUGCAUGGACAUUGACGAGUGCGAGCGGAACCCUCUGCUGUGCCGCGGAGGAGACUGUGUAAACACAGAAGGCAGCUUCCGGUGUGAAUGUCCCGAGGGACAUGAGAUCGCCCCCGACGGCUCGGCCUGUUUAGAUAUCAAUGAAUGUGAGCUGAGCGACAGGUUGUGCAGAAAUGGCCAAUGUGUCAAUAUGAUUGGCCGCUACCAGUGUACCUGCAACACAGGGUACAAAUCCACUGAGAACAGAGUGGAAUGUGUUGAUAUCGACGAGUGUACCAUUGAGAACGGUGGGUGCGAGACUUUCUGCACAAACUCAGAGGGAAGCUACGAGUGCAGCUGCCACAGCGGAUAUGCCCUAAUGCCCGAUUUGAGGAGCUGCACCGAUAUCGACGAGUGUGAGGAGAGCCCAGAUGUCUGUGAUGGAGGCCAGUGCACCAACAUUCCUGGGACAUACCAGUGUCUGUGCUUUGACGGAUUCAUGUCAUCUGAAGAUAUGAAGACCUGCCUGGAUGUGAAUGAAUGCGAGCUGAACCCAAACAUCUGUCUGAGUGGGAACUGUGAGAACACGAAGGGAUCCUUCGUCUGUCAUUGUGAUAUGGGGUACUCUGUACGCAAGGGAACCACAGGCUGCACAGACAUCAAUGAAUGUGAAAUUGGUGCCCAUAACUGUGACGCACACGCUACCUGCACAAACACGGCCGGCAGCUUCAAAUGCAACUGUGCUCCAGGGUGGAUUGGCAACGGCUUCAAAUGCACAGACUUGGAUGAGUGUUCCAACGGGACACACAUGUGCAGCAACAAUGCAGACUGUAUGAACACCCUGGGCUCCUAUCGCUGUGUGUGCAAGGACGGUUACUCUGGAGAUGGAUUCCACUGCUCAGACAGCGAUGAGUGUGCAGACAACAGCAACUUGUGUGAGAAUGGCCACUGUCUGAACCUGCCAGGGGGAUUCCGCUGCGAAUGCGACAUGGGUUUCAUCCCCACAGCUGACGGCAAGGCAUGCGAGGACAUAGACGAAUGCACCUUCGCUGACAUCUGUGUCAAUGGACGUUGUCGGAAUAUCCCAGGACUUUUCAGAUGUGAAUGUAUCAUCGGUUAUGAACUGGAUAGAAGUGGUGGCAACUGCACAGAUAUCAAUGAAUGUGCAGACCUGACCAUCUGUAUUAACGGGAUGUGUGUCAACAUCCCUGGAAGCUACCACUGUAACUGCCCACCGGACUUUGAGCUGAACCCCACUCGGGUGGGCUGUGUCGACACCCGAUCUGGAAGCUGCUACCUGGACGUUCAUUCCCGUGGCGAUGCGUCGGAGAAUUUGGACUGCUCCAAUGAACUUGGAGUAGGUGUUUCCAAAGCAUCCUGCUGCUGCUCCCUGGGCAGGGGCUGGGGGAAUCCAUGUGAAUCAUGCCCUUUUGUCAACUCAACGGAAUACAAGACACUGUGUCCUGGAGGAGAAGGAUUCAGACCCAACCCCAUCACUGUCAUUUUAGAAGACAUCAAUGAGUGCCAGGAGCUGCCGGGCUUGUGCCAAGGAGGACAAUGCAUCAACACCUUUGGAAGCUUCCACUGUGAAUGUCCAAGAGGCUUUUCACUCAACCCAGACACCCGAGUCUGUGAAGAUGUUAAUGAGUGCGAACAACCAGGUAUCUGCGGCCCAGGCCAGUGCUACAACACCAUCGGGAACUACACCUGUAUCUGUCCUGUGGACUACAUGCAGGUUAAUGGAGGAAACAACUGCAUGGAUAUGAGGAAGAGCUACUGCUACAGGAACUUUUACUCUGACAAUAGAACAUGUGACGGAGAACUGACCUUUAACAUGACCAAAAAGAUGUGCUGCUGCUCCUACAACAUCGGCCGAGCGUGGAAUAAACCGUGUGAACAGUGUCCUGUGCCUAGCACCGAUGAGUUUUCCAGCCUGUGCGGCAGUGAGAGACCAGGAUAUUACAUCGACAUCACCACCGGACGGGUCAUCGAUAUUGAUGAGUGCAGGGAAAUCCCAGCAGUGUGUGAGAACGGAGUGUGCAUCAACAUGAUUGGCAGCUUCAGGUGCGAGUGCCCAAUAGGCUUCAUCUAUAAUGACAAGCUGUUGAUUUGUGAAGAUAUUGAUGAGUGUCAGAAUGGACCAGUGUGCCAGCCCAAUGCAGACUGUUUGAACAUGCCAGGAAGUUACCGCUGCGAGUGUAAAGCUGGAUAUCGCUUCACACCCACAGGACAAUGUCUCGAUCGAAAUGAAUGCAUGGAGAACCCCAGUGUGUGCAACCCUGGCCAAUGCAUCGACACACUGGGGAGCUACCGCUGCAUCUGCCCCAAUGGCUUCAAAACCACACGUGACCAAUCGAUGUGUAUCGACGUGGACGAGUGUGAGAGGCAACCCUGUGGCAACGGGACCUGUAAGAACACGGUGGGCUCGUACAAUUGCCUGUGCUACCCCGGCUUUCACAACUCACACAACAGUGACUGCAUAGACGUUGAUGAGUGUUCCACCCAGAGGGGCUUGUGUCGGAACGGGCAGUGUGUGAACACAGUGGGCACAUUUCUGUGCGUGUGCCAUGAUGGCUAUGAGCUCACUUUGGAUGGCAGGCUGUGUGCAGAUAUCAAUGAAUGUGCAGUGAAUCCUGGAACCUGUGGAGCGGGAACUUGUCUGAACCUGGACGGUUCUUACAGGUGUAUCUGCCCAGCUGGGUACUUCCUGCAUGAGGAAACCUGUGAAGAUAUUGACGAGUGCUCCCAGUCUCCUGACAUCUGUACCUUUGGAACCUGCUCCAACACUGAGGGAAGCUUCACCUGCUUGUGUCCUGAAGGGUUCCAGCUCUCCACCUCUGGACGCAGAUGUUUAGAUGUCCGUGUGAACUUCUGCUACACCAAAUUUGAAAACGGUCGCUGUUUUGCUCCAAACGUCAUGAACACUACCAAGGAUGACUGCUGCUGCAGUUUAAUGCCAGGCCAAGGCUGGGGAGACCCCUGUGAAAUCUGCCCCAGCAAGAGUGAGGAGGCUUACCCUCUUCUCUGUGUCAAUGAGGGAUAUCGGCGGGGGCCGGAUGACCAUCCAAAAGAUAUUGAUGAAUGUCGUAAUGAUCCAUGCGUUAAUGGCCAGUGCAUCAACACAGACGGCUCUUUCCGAUGUGAAUGUCCCAUGGGAUACCAGCUGGACAUCAGAGGGGUAACCUGUGAAGAUACUAACGAGUGCGAGAUCGGCAACCCAUGUGGCAACGGCACGUGCACUAAUGUGAUCGGAGGGUUUGAGUGUGCAUGUGAUGACGGCUUUGAGCCUGGCCCAAUGAUGACCUGUGAAGACAUUAAUGAGUGCGCCCAGAAUCCGCUGCUGUGUGCCUUCCGUUGCGUUAAUGUGAUGGGCUCCUACGAGUGUAAAUGUCCAACAGGCUACGUGCUGCGUGAGGAUAAGAGGAUGUGUAAAGAUCAGAAUGAGUGUGAAGAUGGUAUCGAUGACUGUGUCAGCAGAGGCAUGAGCUGCAAGAACCUCAUUGGUACAUAUAUGUGCAUAUGUUCCCCUGGAUACACACGUUUGCCUAGCGGAGAUGGUUGCAUGGAUCUGAAUGAGUGUUCGGCCAAACCGGGGAUCUGUAAGAACGGCCGGUGUGAGAACACCGUCGGAAGCUUCCGCUGCAAAUGUGACCAGGGAUUCGUUUCUAACCCCACACAUACUGAAUGUAUUGAUAACCGCGAGGGCUUCUGUUUCACUGAGGUUCUUACCACUCUGUGUCAAAUGACAUCUAGCAACAGGAACUUGGUGACCAAGUCAGAAUGUUGCUGUGACGGAGGCAGGGGUUGGGGCACCAACUGUGAACUCUGCCCCCUCCCUGGGACCACCCAGUUUAAGAAGCUUUGUCCCCUGGGACCUGGGUACACCACUCAUGGUGCAGAUAUCGAUGAGUGCCGUGUGAUGGGGAAUUUGUGCAAGAAUGGUCAGUGUAUCAACUCUUUGGGAUCUUAUACCUGCACGUGCAAAAUCGGCUACACCACUGACAUCAGCGGCACUUUGUGUGUGGACGUGGAUGAGUGCAUUCAAGCACCAAAGCCUUGUAACUUCAUCUGCAAGAACACAGAAGGAAGUUACCUCUGUUCCUGCCCACGUGGAUACAUCCUCCAGGAAGAUGGAAAGAGCUGCAAAGAUCUGGAUGAAUGUUCGACCAAACAGCACAACUGUCAGUUUUUAUGUGUAAACACCAUUGGUGGGUUCACCUGUAAAUGUCCACCAGGCUUCACCCAGCAUCACACUGCGUGCAUUGACAACAACGAGUGUGUAAUCGACCCCAAUCUGUGCGGCUCCAAUGGUGUCUGCCAGAACACUCUGGGAAGCUUCAACUGUGAGUGUCAGCACGGAUUCUCACUGGAUACCGGCAGACAAACCUGUGAAGACACAGACGAGUGUGAUGGGAACCACAGGUGUCAGCACGGCUGUCAGAAUUUAGUGGGCGGGUACAGGUGCAGCUGUCCUCAAGGUUACCUACAGCACUACCAGUGGAACCAGUGUGUGGAUGAGAAUGAGUGUCUGAACACCCAGAUCUGCGGGGGUGCAUCAUGUCACAACACCCUGGGGAGCUUCCGCUGCCUCUGCCCCACCGGCUUCAACUAUGAGCAGACCAGCGGAGGCUGCUCAGACAUCAACGAGUGCUCCACCAGCCAGAACCCCUGCAAGUUUGGCUGCUCCAACACAGACGGAGGCUACCUCUGUGGCUGCCCCCCUGGAUACUUCAGAGCAGGACAAGGGCACUGUGUCUCCGGUCUGGCCUUUGGCGGUGGCAGCUCCACUGCUGCGCAGGGAGCUGAGAUGGAUGAAAAUUCUCUGUCUCCUGAAGCUUGCUAUGAGUGUAAGGUCAACGGAUAUCCCAAGAAGGGACGGAGUCGUCGCAGUGUGAACUCCACAGAGGAACAAACUCAGGAAGACAAGCAGAUGCUGGAGAAGAACAUGGUCAGCCUAGCUAGUCUGGACAUCGAGGCCAUCCUGCAGUUUCACCUGAACAUCAGUGAGCUGAGCAAUCGCGACCACAUCCUUGAGCUCACCCCAGCCUUAUCCACCCUCAGCGACCAUGUGCGCUACAGCAUCGAUUAUGGAAAUGAAGACGGCUAUUUCAAGAUCAAUCAGAGAGAAGGCAUCAGCUACCUGCACCUGAGCAAGAAGAAGUCCCUCCACCCAGGGGCGUAUGACCUUCACAUCAGCAGUAUUCCCCUCUACAGGAAGAGCGAGCUGGCUGAGUUGGAGGACCAACAUGAUAAAGACUACCUCACAGGACAGCUGGGAGACAUACUAAAGAUGAGGGUGCAGAUCAUCCUCCAUUAACCGUCACGGGACUGAGACGGCUAGCAGCUGCUAACCCAGCGUCAGGCUGACACUCCCCAAAACACCAAACAUCUCUGACGCUGGGUCAGCAGUCUGGGGCAACUCGGACUUGCUCCGACAAGGAGGAGGGCUCAUCACCAAAGAGACAAGGGGGUUGGGGUUGUGAGGGAGGGACUGCAUCAUCUGAUUCCCAAAGAUGAUUCUACAUAUCAUACAUACAACUGAACAGUUUCCGUGGGAAAUGCCAGCUGAAAGUGGCAGUAUGAAGGAUAUUUUACGCUCAGAUAAAGGACAUACUGCCGCGACCAAUAACCUCAGCUGUGUGCUGCCCUUCAGAGUGUGACUAAGGUCUAAAAUGCGUUGGGUUUAAUGUUGUAUAAUGAUAUAUGGAAUCGGGCGUGUGGACUGCAGAAAGCUUGAAAUGCUGAGUUUUCAGCUUAGGUGGAAGAAAAGGUUGAGUCCCAAUAGUCUGAAAUAAAUUCAUUUCCUCCCCUCAGCUAAAUGACUGAAGACGCCUGAACACAUGAAAGUCAGUAGAUUUCUCCAACUGUUAAUUUAAAUGAAGAUGGGGAAAAGAUUGUGAAAUAAGGAGAGGAAAGGAAGUGACUAUGGACUAUUGAGACGUAGCCAUGUCUGAGCUUGAACGACUCCUACUGCAUAUUUAAACGACGCUUUUCCAUCUUUCCUACUGACACGAAUAAUUCAUAUUUACUGGUGCUAGCGACACAACCACAUAGACUUCUGAUUGCACUGUACUACUACCCAAAGCUCAAUAGGCAACAGCGUACAAUCCCAGCAGCCCCCCGCAGUUUUCAUGUCUUUGUAACAGCUUCAUAGCCUGUUUGCUCUCCUCUAUAUUCCAUGUAAAUUGUGUUUAUUUUAAUCUAUGAAACAUUUCUAAACUAGGGGAAGCCCCUGGAAUAGCGGGCUUGUUAUGGUGCUUAUAAUGACCAUCUACUUCCUUUGUAAACUGUGUAUACAUACACACACCUGCACACAUUGAUGAUGCCAAACCUGGGCCUUCAUGAUUCUGCACUGAGGUCUUUGUGGCCACACAUUCUCACAAGUUCAAUCAGUGCUGCAUCGCCACAGACCAGCCGAACAUCAGUCUGUGUUCCCUCUUCACAUCAGCAAGGGUUUAGUUGUAAAUUCACAAUAAAGACAUAUUUUUGGUCUA